UUUCUCGCUCCGGUGUCAGAGUCUGGGCGGAGGGAAGACAUGGCGGCGGCAGCAGAGCAGAGUUCUAAUGGCCCAGUCAAGAAAUCAAUGCGAGAGAAAGCUGUUGAACGCAGAAAUGUUAAUAAAGAGCACAACAGUAACUUCAAAGCUGGAUAUAUUCCCAUUGAUGAAGAUCGUCUGCAUAAAACUGGCCUGCGAGGUCGGAAGGGCAACCUAGCGAUUUGUGUGAUCGUCCUACUCUUUAUCUUGGCUGUCAUAAACUUAAUUAUCACCUUGGUUAUAUGGGUUGUGAUACGCAUUGGUCCCAAUGGCUGUGAGAGCAUGGAGUUCCAUGAGAGUGGAUUGCUCCGGUUUAAACAAGUCUCUGACAUGGGAAUAAUACAGCCGUUAUAUAAGAGUACUGUGGGAGGAAGACAGAAUGAAGAUCUUGUGAUCACCGGCAACAACCAGCCUGUCGUUUUUCAGCGGGGUUCAACCAAACUUAGCGUAGGUAAAGAUAAGACGUCAAUCACAAGCGAUGUUGGCAUGGAAUUUGUUGAUCCUCGGACUCAGAAUACACUGUUCAGCACAGACUAUGAGAAGCAUGAAUUCCGUCUGCCAAAAGGCGUGAAAACCUUAAAUGUCCUCCGGGCUUCUACAGAACGGAUAACCAGCAAUGCUACCAGUGACCUUAAUAUAAAAGUUGAUGGGCGCAUUACUGUACGUGGGAACGAAGGUGUAUAUAUUAUGGGAAAGACCAUUGAGUUCCGCAUGGGUGGAGACAUGGAGCUGAAAGCAGAGGAAAGUAUAAUCCUGAAUGGCACGGUGAUGGUCAGUACUUCGCGCUUACCUAGCUCUUCUGCGGGGGACCUGCUGUACGAUGAUGGAUGGGAACGCUAUAAGUUGUGCAUGUGCGCAGAUGGGACUCUGUUUAGAGUUCGGGUGGAAAGCCGGAACAUGGGGUGCCAGACAUCCAAUAACCCAUGUGGGGCGAUAUAUUAGAAAAACAAAA